CUGCUCACACUCUCUCUCCCUCCAGUAAUACACACCAGUGUGGGAUUCCUUCCCAGUGAGAGGAGAACGCAAGGAAUCAAUCUCCUUUUAUUGCCUCUAUAUCCAAUAAUAUUCUAAACCAGGUGGAUCAGAAAGACAAACAAAAAACUAGGCAGACAGGCAGGGUGACAGAUAUAGAGACAUCUGAGAAACCAGUGGAAGCAAUCAUAAUGUUUGGUUAUGGACGUAAUAAUUUUACCUGGAAUGGAACUCUGAGAGAACUGGAGGGCAGCUACCCAGCUUUCUGCACAGAACGAGGUCAAUCAAAUAUGAUAGCCUCCCCAAGCUCCUCUGGUGGCAUAGAGGUUCUCCUUUCAACUCUGCAGAAUUCAGGGGAUGUGGAGAGCACCUUAAACACCCUCAAUGUCCUGGAUGAACUUCUGUCAGCCGGUACAGAUCGUCGUAUCCACUACAUGAUAAGUAAAGGUGGUAGCGAGGCCUUGCUGACUGCACUGGUCAACAAUGCCCGAACUUUCAGUCCCAACUACAACAUCCUGCUGCCACUGCUGCACCUACUGGCUAAAGUUGGACACAGAGACCGUCGUAUUGGUAUGAAGGCAGAGGAGGCUGGAGCUGUGCUGGUGACUCUUAAUCUGCUCAAACACAACAUCAGACAUGCCAGGAGGGUCGCAGCCUGCCUCUGGGUAAUCCAAGUCUUCUCUUCAUCAGUUUCUACAGCAAACCUAAUAGGAGAAAACUAUGGGCUGGAUGUCAUCUAUCACCUCAUUCCUCAGUACACCACCAAGAAUCUGCAUACCAUCAAGGCAGCUAUUAAUGCCUUUGCUGCUCUGCUGUACACAAAGGCAAAUGUUUGGUCCAUUGUAUCCAAGGGUUACAUCUCUGGUCUCCUGAAACUUUAUGAGGACUGGCACAGCAAGGAUACUCAUCAUGUUGCCAUAGCAAUCCGCCAUGCACUGCUGUGCUGUCUCCAUAAUGCAACCCAGACAACUGGAGGCAGACAGGCUUUGAUAUCCCAGGGCGGCAUUCAACUACUGUAUCAAACUACACAGACAUGUUUGCUGAGUAAAAGUCUGGAGUGUUUGGUGGAGUCCACCGUGCAGCUGAUGAGGAAGUGUCUUCCUAAAACUCCUCUACCACUGACAUCUGAUAAGUCUGCAUACACCUUCCCCCUGCCUGGAAGACCACACGCUGUUCCUGAUGUGGACGUAACACCAGAUGAGAGUAGUGUGGGUAGUGAUGCUGAAGAAGAUGAAGAUAACCAGGAGGCCAACAGCACAGACUAUGAUGAUGAUUUGGAAACUGACCUGAACAAACUUUGUCUUCGCCCUGACCUGGACAGACCUAAAGAGCUGCUGCAACAGUACAGCCACCUCUGUCCUGAGCUUUCACAUGACUUCCAGGAGCUGGUUAUGAGUUCGGAGUCAGAGGAGAGUUCGACAACAUCAUCAUCAGAUGAUGAAGCUGUGAUGCACAACACUUUCCUUCCUAGUUCCCACAGGAGGGACAGAAUGAGUACUGCCAGAAGUGAUUCUUCCACCUCUUCAAAUGGUUCUCACACAGAGACAGAAAUAUCCAUAAAGGGACACUUAGCAGCUGCUGCCCAGUUAGAGGCUCAUGAUUUCCACAGUCACAGCAGCAUCCUCAGCACCAGCCCUGGCUGUACGACCAUGAUUAGAGAGGCAACUGGAGAAACCCCCCCAGGUCAGAGAAGAGAGGAGCAGGAUGGUGAUGAAGAGGGAGCAGAGGAAGGCUACCACCGUACCACGAUAGACCGGUUAUUGGAGAGACAUGGAGCCUGUAUCCCCCACCAUGUACCCAAACUAUACCGUGCUGCAGCUGCCAAGACUAAAUCUAUCCCAGGAUUCGGCAUCCUGGCUUUCCCUGAUUUCUGGGGUCAUCUCCCACCACCAGGACAUGAGCCCAUGGCCCCACGCAAACCCAACACACAGAGGCAGAAGGUAUUUGAAGAUGUCCAACGAUUCCUGAAUACCGAUGACAUCAUAAAUCUCUUAGUCUUUGACCUAGAAAACAGCAGUGUUCAAUGCCGGUCUGAUUCUUUGAGGUUCUUUUCUAAGUUUGAAUGUGGGAACCUGAGAAAAGCUAUUCAGGUCCGCAGGUGUGAAUAUGACCUCAUAUUGAAUGCAGAUGUGAACUGUUCCCAGCACACCCAGUGGUUUUACUUUGAAGUCAGUAACAUGGUAGCGGGCAUCCCCUAUCGUUUCAAUGUCAUCAACUGUGAGAAGAGCAACAGCCAGUUCAACUAUGGAAUGCAGCCAGUGCUGUACUCAGUAAGGGAAGCUCUGGAUGGUAGACCACGCUGGGUCAGGACUGGAACGGAAAUUUGUUAUUACAGAAACUACUUUUGUCCAGCUCAAGGCAGAAGGAAAACAACCUUUUACACUCUGAGUUUCACCAUCACCUUCAAACACAACGAGGAUGUCUGCUACUUGGCCUACCAUUAUCCCUAUACAUACUCUGCUCUGAAGGCUCAUCUGAAGGUGCUGCAGAAAUCGGUGGAUCCUGCCAAGGUUUUUUUCCAGCAGCAGAUUCUUUGUGGAACUUUGGCUGGAAACUCCUGUCCACUGGUCACCAUCACUGCCUGUCCUGCCAGCAAGGGCUGGAAAGAUCUGCAUCAGCUGCGCAAUCGUCCCUGUAUUGUGCUGACAAGCCGUGUGCAUCCUGGUGAGUCCAAUGCCAGCUGGGUGAUGAAGGGCACUCUGGAGUUUCUGUGCAGUAGUGACCUGGUGGCCCAGAGUCUGAGGGAGGCCUUUGUCUUCAAGAUUAUCCCCAUGCUCAACCCAGAUGGAGUCAUCAAUGGAACGAAUCGCUGUGAUGUGAACAGUGAGGAUUUGAAUCGUCAGUGGUGUAAACCAGACCCUGUCCUGAGUCCAACAAUCUACCACACCAAAGGCUUCCUCUACUACCUCAACAGCAUAGGACGGACUCCACUGGUUUUCUGUGACUACCAUGGCCACUCUAGAAAGAAGAAUGUGUUUCUGUAUGGCUGCAGCAUUAAGGAAACUCUCUGGCAGUCUGGCUCUGCCAUUGACACUGUAGGACUGAAAGAGGACCCUGGUUAUAGGACCAUUCCAAAGACAUUGGAUCGUAUCGCGCCAGCCUUUUCUUUCAACAGCUGCAACUAUUUGGUGGAGAAGUCUCGUUCUGCUACCGCCAGGGUCGUUGUCUGGAGGGAAAUGGGUGUUCUGAGAAGUUAUACCAUGGAGAGUACCUACAAUGGCUGUGACCAGGGAAUAUACAAGGGCCUGCAGAUAGGAACGAGAGAGCUGCAGGAAAUGGGUGUGAAGUUCUGCCACAGUCUGUUGUCUGUAACCAAAGACACGAAGCUUCUUUACAGCAGAAGACUCAUCAACCACAUUGACCUGGACCACAACAUUCUGGACCACAAGUCUCACAAUUGUUUUGAAGAUGAUGAGCCUCCAUGUGUUGAAGAGAUUGAGUAUUUCACAGAUUUUCCUACUGUUAAAUACACUGAUCUGGAUUCAGAUGUCAACAGCAAUAUGGCCAGUCCUGAUGAAGAGGAGGAGAUCAACGAAGGACACAGUCCAGCAAAAUGUCAGCAAGACUGCAUUAACGACUCAAUAAUGAAGGGCAACCUGUUCCCUCCCCAUAUUAGACAGGCCUCCAUCGAUGGACUUAGUGAGAAAAGAAACACAUGUAAUGGUGUGAGCAUCGCCAAUGGACAAAUCACAAGUUAAAUGAAUAUUUCGACUUUUUGGAUUUUGAUUUGUGUCUAGAGAAAGAGUCAAGAGCCUCAGUUAUUCUCAAGAGAUUUUCUAAGCACUGUAAGCUUUUCUCCAUAAGAACAUGCUUAUCUGAGUGAAAAACAAGAUUUGGGAUUACAAUACACACAAACUAAAGAUAACAAAAGGUACCAAAAUGUAAUCGAUUCAUCCUUAAAUUGUAUGCAUAAUUGAAAAAUAUCAGUAAUAUCAAUACAGUAGCAUUUAACUUCCAACCUCAGUUUUUAUUGUGCCUGUGUAUAGAAAAGCCAUGAGUGGUUUGUAUCAAGACGAUAGACAUGUAUAGACAGUAGCACAAAUGUUUUAAAGGGAAAUGAUUAUCUCACUCAGACAAAAAGUCACAUGAAGUAUAUAAUCAGGUUCUCAAUGAAGAAAACUAACAAGGCAAUCAUUGCUUGAAUCUGAUUAACAGUCAUUUAGAUGAAGUCCAGAAUGGAAACUAUUUUCUUAGUCUUAAUGAUGUGGAUUGGUUUGAUGCAAACAAUAAACCAAGAUAAAAGCACAAACGUAGCCCUAGUACCAAUUGUGCCUGCCAGUUACAAAGACAAUCUUUCAAAAAAACUCAGCAAACUUUAGAAUGACGGUGGUCUGUCUUAGUUACUUGGUGGUCACCAAGAAGCUGACAACAGCUGGCAGUGUGUGAUGAAUGAUGAGUGGUAUUCAUAACCAUAUUAACUAUCAAGUUAACCACUAGCACUUCAAGCAACCAUUCGCUUCAGAAGAAAAUGACUUAAAAUCAAAUGACUUACUGUAACUUAUGAUUUAUUUCUGCUUAUAUGCACAGUUUAUGGAUUAUAUAGAUUUGCAGCACACUUAUACAACAGUAGCUAGUGCUUUGGUUGUCAGUAGCCUGUUAGCAGAUUGGACUGUGAUUAAUUAUUGUAACUGUGUAAAAUCUGUAAAACAGCUUGCCUGUGAUAAUAGGUACAAGUGCAGCUUUGGAAUAACCCAACAGAUAACUGGUUACGGCGCAUAGAACUUGGUCAAAAAUACACUCAGCAAUUGAAUUUAUUGCAUGAACAAAAGUGAAGCAAGCACAUCCCAUGGAAUUUGUUGCCUAUUUUGACAUACCUGUAUCUCUUUGGGACAGCUCCAACAGAUAAGGUGAGAGACUUGAUACAACAACACAAGGAAAAUUUUCUUUUUCAAUCAUUUACUCCACAAAAAUCUCAAUAGAUGCAUAUUAUUUUCUGGUCUGAGAAGCUGGGAUUGCUCCUUUUGGCAGAGAAAAAACUUUGCAUAGGCAUUUUUCAUAACUGCUUCAGUCUCUGACAUUAGCUUGCUGACAUUUCUGACUCUUCAAUGCAAAAUUCCUUGAGCUGCAGUUUGUUUGAGGGCUUUUUGCAUGUUCUGUCUGUUUCAAAUCCCCAAUAAUAUUUCAGUGAAAUUUCAAUCUGGGCUUGGACUAGGUAGUUUUUAGAACCUACAAUUUCUUCUUAUUGAGCCAUUCCUUGGUGGAUGUGCAGUGUGUUUAUGGUCACUAUCCUGUUCAAACGUCUACUUUCAGUUCAACUCUAACUUUCUGACAGAUGGCUGCACAUAAUUUUCAAGCUCUCUUUGAUAUGAUGCAAAAUUCAUCAUUGAAACAAUAAUUGCAAGCUGUCCAGUUCCCGAGGCAGUGAUGCAAACACAAACCAUGACAUUUCCAUCACCCUACUUCACAGUUUGUUCUCCUCUAAACCUUUUUUUUUUAAAUCUGUGUCAAACAUAUCUAUUGUUACUGUGGUCAGACAUCUCUGUCUUUGAUUCAUCUGUCCAGAGCACAAUUUUCCAAAAGACCUGCAUGUUCAUUGGGAAAAAUUUGUUUUGCUGUAAUGUUAUUUUUGUACAGCAAAUAUUUUUUUCUGGCAUGUCUCCUUUGCUGGUCAAAUUUGUGCAGUCUCUUUUGGACUGUAGAUGCAACACUUUAACACAGCCCCUGUGAUGACAUGUUAGGAUUGUUACAGUCUUUUAACGCUCUGCUCUGGUGCUGAACUUGCUGGGGUGACCAGUCCUGUACAAAUUAACAGUCACUUGAAACCUGUACAGUUUUUUUCAGAAGGCCUUAGAGAGCUUUUUAGAUUUUGGCAUGAUGACAUUACACACUUAAAUGGUAAAAAGAACACCAGACUCAGAGUUCGAAAUAGGACAGAUUCCAUCUGUCACCUUCUAAAGUGGAUGGAUUUGAAGAUGUGUUACUUUUCCCAUGUGACUGUCCUGAUUAUUUAUUUAAAUAUGAAAAUAACUAAAAAAUGUCAUAAAAUGGCCACAGUUGUCCUGUCUUUAAAGUCAGAAUGUUUUGUCACUUCCUGCAUUGUAUUAUGUUUCACCUAUUUUAAUAAACUAAGCACAUGAGGCAACUUA